AUGUUGGUCCGAGCAUCAGUGAGCAGUGUGGCCAUGUUGGAGGGGCGUGGCCUCAGCCCAGCGUGGGCUGCCCUGGGUGUGGUCAAUAGCUCCUCAGGUGGUGGUGUCGGCCAGGCGGCUUCCUGUCACACAGGCUGGCACAUAGUGCGCCGGACAAGGAGGCAGUGGCGUGGCGGCGGCCCGGCGGCGCACACAGCAAGGGGUGCCAAGGGGCACGCGCUGGCAGCGGCAGGCUUGGCUCCACCUCACACUGUGGUGUGCCUGGACCUGAGGAGGGCCCAGGAGGGUGUGGCCAGGCCAGGCCGCUUUGGGGGACACCUUCAGCAAGGAUGGCCUGGGACGCUUUCUUUGGGGCCACCUACACCUCAUGCAGCAGCCUGGGGAGACCAGGCACUCCCCAGCAGCAGCGACUCUGAGCCGCGGCUGCUGGCCGGGGGGGACGGGGACUAUGAGGGCUGCCCCUCGGCCCCAGGUGAGGGGGGCGGCUACUGGGGGGAUAUGCUGAUGGUCGCCACCACCCCGCCCGGCCGCCACCACCACCAUCACCACCAGCAGCACCAGCAGCCGCUGUGGGACACUGAGUGGCGGACGCUGCUGCAGCAGAACCACCACCUGCUGCUGCAGCUGUCCAGCCGUGAGGACCUGCGGCCUGGCCAGGACCUGCGGCCCGGCGAGGACCUGCAGGCCGGCGAGGACCAGGCGGACACCCCUGCGCCUCCUGCAGGACAGUGCAGUGCAGACACUGCCCGCCACCCCCGCCCGCAGCCCCUGGCCCACCAGGCUACGAGGGGCAGGAGCCGCCGCCCUGGAGUGAGGCCGCCCACUGGGCUCCCAGCCCAGAGUGUGUGCUGGAGGACAUCGCGAGGGAGGCCAGCCUCAGCCACAGCCUCCCCGGCACGCCUGGGGGACACACCUGGGGCAGGGACACCCCACCUCCCCUCAGCAGUGCCUCCCCCACACACCCAGCCCAGGCCGCCUCACCACACAGGCAGGACACACACACACACAGCCCAGCAGGCAGCCUUGCCGGAGGCCCCACAGGCCAUGAACAAGGCAGCAGCAGCAGGGAGACAGCCUGCAGGGGCCCCUCAGGCCUCCUUCACCCUGCAGGACAUGAACAAGCAGGCAGGAAACACCACCACCACCACCACUCACAGAUUACAUUGCGCUGGGCGGACCAACACAACCCUUGAAGACGGAAGACUACACCAGCCGCUGGAUUGGACCACUCCCACGCUCGCGGAAAUGGAGACCACAACAGUGGUCUCCAACACUCACAGGGAGACUCAAGACCCCAAAACCUCUGCAGCAGAUGACCCCCUUAAGGACACAGCCACCUCAGCAGCCACAGCCAAACAGGACAGCCCACCUCACCCCCCACAGCCGCAGGUCACCCCGGCCUACACCGACUCAUCCUGCACCGCCGACCUGCCCAGCUACCGCGCCGGGGCCGUCACAACCUUCAUCAUGCGGUCGCGCUUUGCCGCCAGGGACAAAACGGUGCCACUAUUGCGCGCCCAGCCAUCCAAGGACCUUCUGGAGGCACUCAGGAUGAUCGAGGACGAGGAGAAGAGUGCCAAGAGUGCCGAGGACCUGCCAGAGAGGGACACGGGUACCUCCACUGCACGGGCGUCGCUGCCAGUGGUGGAGGUGCUGGUGGAGAAGGUGUUCCUCUUCACGCAGGACCUGGUGGAGCGGUGGCACUUGGUGGAGCAGCAUGACCGCCGUGAUGAUCUCCUGAGACAGCUGAUGGAGGCUGAGCGGCAGCUGGAGGGCAUCUGUGUGAGCGAGGGGUGCAAGCAGGACCCCGCCACCAGCCCCCACCUCCACCAGGCCUGUGAGGAGCGGCUGCGGCGGCUGAGGGCGGAAACGGAUGCGCGGAUACAGAAGAAUCUUGACCUCAUCCGGAAACUGAUGGAUGACAAGAAACGGCUGACAGAGGAGUGUGAGCGGCAGGAACAUCGCGCCAAGCUAUCGGACAAACGCCAGGCUGACCGCACCAAGGCAUCGGAGGAGCGUCACACCCAGGAGCUUAAGACCCUAAAGGAACGCCUGGCAGCCUCGGAGCAGGACCGCCGGGAACGAUGGACGGCGCAGAAGACCCGCAGCAUCAGGGAGUCCGUUCACCGAGGUCUGGACACUAAGCUGAAGGAGAUGAGCGCCAAGCAUCGUGAUGAGCUGAGUCUCCUGAAGGCACAGCACUGGGAGGCACUGCGGGAGGCCGAGGAGAAGGGCCGCGCCAACCUGCAGGCCGCGGAGGAGGAGUGGAAGAGGAAGGCGGAGACGGAGAAGGAGGAAGCGUGCCGCAGGGAGAGGGACAGGGAGCAGCAGAGGCUGGACAUGGAGAUGCGUCAGAGUGAGCAGCUGUCCCUGGCGAGGCUGGAGGGGGUGCGGCGGCAGCAGGAGAAGGACCUCAGGGCGCUGAUCGAGGAGCACCAGGCGGCCAUGGACAAGCUGAGGGCGGAGGCUGAGGCCGGACUGAGGGAGGCACAGAGGGAGAGGGACAGGGUGAAGGAGGAGUGCCAGGACAGAAUUAGGACUCUUACACGCAAACAUGAGGAGGAGUUGUCAAGCCUGCAGCAGCGCGAGGAGCGGAAUCGGAGCGAGUGGAAGGAGCAGUGGAUGAGGGAGCAAGCGGAGGCGCGGAUGCAGGCAGAACGGGAGCUUCGGGAGCGACUCAAGAGGCAGAGAGACAAGGAGAUCGAGCGAGCCAUUCGGGAGAUUCAGGCGGAGACGCAGGCCAGGGAGGGGGAGCAGAGGAUGGCCUGUGACGUUAAGAUCAAGAACAUGCGUGAGAGGUACGAGCGUGAGAUGAGUGAGAUGGACUGCGGAGAGAGGGCGGCGCGUACUCGCUACUUGGAGAUGAAGGCGCUGCUCACCCAGAAGGAGGAGGAGAUUGUGUACCUGCGCGCCAGGCUCCACACACAGGACCUGGAGCUGUGCGACUUGCAACAGAUGCUGCAGCCUCCAGAUGGCUAGGCCGCUAGACACCUGGACGGCUGGACACACAGGUGAUGGCUGGUGGGUGGCGGUGGCUGUGUGUUGCUCCCUUAUAUAAUUCAUUUCUUAUUGUUCUGUUUUCAAUUUUUCAUCCGUUUCCCUCACAGGUCACAUGUUUGUUGUUAGUAUUAUUAUUGAUACUUCCGUUCUUGUCUCGUCCGCGUGUGCCAGUGUUGUUCGAAUGUGGAAGAAUUAGUUUGAAAUUUCGGUGAUGUGGUGAGGUGCGGUGUGUUGCGGCGUGGUGCGGUCUGGUGUGGUGGUGGUGAGUGUGGCGUGGCUGUGGUGAGUGAGGUGUGGCAAGGACAUUUCCAGAAGUGCACGCGGUAACUUCUUUGUUCUCUUGUCUCAUGUUUUGAGCGGCGCAGCAACCACCACCACCACCACCACCACCACCUCCACCACCACCACCACCACCACCACCACCAGAGUAACCGUUCACUGAGAGAUCACAGACGCACUGACAAUCCCCUCUCGCAAUCUCUCCCUCCCUUUGUUUGUUCCCUUGUCUUAUGUGUUUAGUGCCUGACUCAAGCUAACCUAACCUAACCACAGAGUAACCGUUCACCGAGAGUUUGAAGACGUGCCUACAAUCUCUUUCAUGAUCUCUCCCUCCCUUCCUCGGCGUGCCUUUCUGUGAAGCACCUGGGCGAGUCAGUGGCUGCACCCGGCUUGCUAAUUCUGUGGGUAAUGAUGUGAUACCAGGGAUGGAGUGAAUACUAGAGUUGUAUUCAAAUACAAAUAUGAACACUUCAAAUUCCAGAGAAUAUGAAUACGAAUUUGAAUACACUGAAUUGGUUUUAAUUUGAAUAUAAAUCCGAAUACUUCUUGAUAGUGUUCAUGAAUACAUUCAUGAACACUUUCAUUGAGAAAUAUCUUCUUGACUUAAUUAGCCAGGUACAGCAGUGCUCUAAGGCUAUGCAACAGUAGCAUGAGCUCAUGAACAGUGGCCCAUGACUGGUGCCACCAUUCAGUACAGGGGCGCCACACUUACCUGAAUUAAAUACAGCUGAUAUUGCUGAUUAUAAAUUUUGAAAUAUUCGUCAGAUUAUUUGCAGAAUACGAAUGCUUAUGUAUUCAAAUACAAAUGAGAAUACUUUCAGUUCUAUCAGUAAUUAUUCAAAUAUGAAUACGAAUGCACCAAAAUAUGGUGUUCAAAUGUAUUCGAAUACGAAUACUCCAUUCCUGUAUGACAGGCACAGGAAACAGCUGGCAGUAUAUAUGUGUUCCUGGUGCAGAACUGUUCAGAGGCUGGUAAUAACUGACAUCUUACAGUAGGGGGGGGACUUGGACCAUGGCUGUCAGUAUAUCUAGUCAUCACAUUGUCAUCAGGGAGACCUUGGACCAUGGCUUUUAAUCUCUAGUCAUCACAUUGGCACCAGGGAGACCUUGGACAACAAUUAUUUACCCCUAUGUCAUCCUCAUCCUUGACUAUGGCUGUUCCUUUCUAGUCAUCGCAUUGUGGUCAGGGAGAGCUUGGACUACAGCUGUUUAUCCAUAAGUCAUCCUCAUCCUGGACUAUGGCUGUUUAUCUCUAAGUCAUCCUCAUCCUGGACCAAGGCUCUUAAUCUCUAAGUCAUCCUCAUCCUGGACCAAGGCUCUUAAUCUCUAAGUCAUCCUCAUCCUGGACCAAGGCUGUUAAUCUCUUGUCAUCAUAUUGUGUCCAGGACUACAGCUGUUUAUCCCUAAAGCUGGGUUCACACAUGCUGGCUUGGCUUCCCAUUCAGCCCCGUUCCGUCCCUGCCAAUGAAAACAGCACAGAACGUAUGGAAUCAUGGCCAUGAUCGUCCGUAAACAUGGGUGGGCAUUUAGGGUCGCCACUGAGCGUCAGAAAGCGGAAAACGUGCCAUUUUCUUAGCGUGUUAAAAAACUUUGGGGUUAGUCGGGAGAGGCGGGAUUAUUAUCAGAAAUCAGCACAGAACGGGGUUAGAACGCUGUCAGGUGGGGUCAGAUACCGCUGGGCCACGAUUGAUACCGUUCUCAAAAAUUUUUAGGUCAGGACUGAACGGGACCGAUUGGGACGCUAAGUUGGCUAUGUGUGAACCCAGCCAAAGUCAUCCUCACAUCACGUCAUUCCCAAUCAUAUGCGACUGUGAAGACUGCAUUCCACGGUCUGUCAUGCCUAGGUUAAGCUCGCUAGAUUAAGUACAAAUGUAAGCCUAAGAGCACUCACCUCCUCUAGUCAGGCGGUUUGUCACACAGUUGGUAGUUUGUGUGUUGUGUGAGGCAUCACUCUGAAAGGCAUGGACGGGAGGACUAACCACUGGCUGACUAACGGGGAGCGUACGCCAGGAGGCACAUUGCUUCACUCACCCGCUGACUCCACGCAAACUUUAGCUUACCCAUCCUUUAGGGGCGUGCCUUGCAUAUUAGGGUCCCAGAGUUUAGCGUCGCACUGCACAAUUAGUCGUAAGGAAUCUAUUUUGAAGCACAUGUUUUUUACUGGUGGUGGCUGGGCAGGUCACUUGUACUGUAAGGGAAGGGAGUGAGUGAGUGAGUGAGUGAGUGAGUGAGUGAGUCCAUCAAUUCAUCAACUAGAGAGUGAGUGAGUCUAUAAAUAAGUCUUAUGUCUGGGUCUGUUCAGAACUACUCUUUACUGGUUGGCUGUGCAGGUCACUUUGUACUGUAAGGGAAAGGGAGGACAGCAGUGAGUGAGUGAGUGAGUCUGUCCAUCAAUUCAACUAGAGAGUGAGUGAGUCGGUGAAUAAGUCUUAUGUCUGGGUCUGUUCAGAACUACUCUUUACUGGUUGGCUGUGCAGGUCACUUUGUACUGUAAGGGAAGGGAGUGAGUGAGUGAGUGAGUGAGUGAGUCUGUCCAUCAGCUCAUCAACUAGAGAGUGAGUGAGUCUAUAAAUAAGUCUCAUGUCUGGGUCUGUUCAGAACUACUCUUUAUUGGUUGGCUGUGCAGGUCACUUUGUACUGUAAGGGAAAGGUGGACAGCAUUGAGUGAGUGAGUGAGUGAGUGAGUCUGUCCAUCAAUUCAUCAACUAGAGAGUGAGUGAGUCGGUGAAUAAGUUGUUUCUUGGUCUAGUCACAGCAUAUUUUAACUGGUGGUGGCUGAGUCGGUCACUUUGUACUGUAAGGGAAGGGAGUGAGUGAGUGAGUGAGUCUGUCCAUCAGCUCAUCAACAAGAGAGUGAGUGAGUCGGUGAAUAAGUUGUUUCUUGGUCUAGUCACAGCAAAUUUUUACUGGUGGUGGCUGAGUCGGUCACUUUGUACUGUAAGGGAAGGGAGUGAGUGCGUGAGUGAGUGAGUCCAUCAAUUCAUCAACUAGAGAGUGAGUGAGUCAGUGAUUCUCAUGUCUGGGCCUCGUCAUGGCUAUUUUGUCAUGUCCUCAAUAAAAGUGAUUGAACAGA